ACUUCCUGUAGGGACUGAAAACCAAGUGAGGAGAUGGUGAGCGAAGGAGCAGAAUUUUGCAUCCCAUAAUAUCCACGUUAAUGUUCAGGCUGUUGUUGGUGGGUCAUUACUGAAUCAGAGAAGGAUUCACCUACUUCUGUUGAAGGGUCAUGAGGACUCGAAACGUCAACUCUUCUCCGCCGAUGCUGCCAGACCUGCUGAGUUUUUCCAGAAGAAUUGCACCGUCCUACACCAGAAAAUACAGAGAGCAUAGACACCACAGAUAGGUCCUGACCAUCGCCCAAGGAACAACUGCAUAAUUGCACAACUGUGGGAAGACAUCCAGUCCCUUCACAGCAUUGCUCAACACAGAGAACAUAGGUGAAACUGUUAUCUGGAAAUUGGUUGGGUUAAGGGAGCUUUGACAUAUCAUCAGAUCUGAAACUGGUCAGUGCAGAAUUUCCAUCAGAACCAACCUUUCUCAAUGUUCAGCUGUGGGUGAUUGAUCAGGGUGAGGCUGGGAAGAAGUGUGAGUGGCUCCAAGUUUGGUGAGAGCUUCAAUCAUUCAUCGAGCCUCAUGAACCACUGACUCAUUCCUACAGGUGAGAGACUGCUCAAGUGUGAGGAGGGCUCCAUAGGCUCGUAUGAUCUCCUAACACAUAAGGGGCAUUUGUUGUAGAACUGUUCACAAGGAGAGCUACAUGGAAGAGAAGCCAUUCAAGUGUGAGGUGUGCAACCGAGCAUUCCCAAAGUCAUCAGGUCUGGUAAAUCACCAACAUGUUCACACUGCGGAGAAACCAUUUACAUGCAAGGAGUGUAACAAAUCAUUUUCACAGUCAUCAAAUCUCCUAAAACACCAACGUGUUCACACAGGGGAGAAAGCAUUCACGUGUCAGGUCUGUGACAAAUCAUUCUUGCGUUUAUCAUGCUUCCGUGUACACCAACAUAUGCACAAAGGCCAGAAACUGUUCCAAUGUGAGGUGUGUGACAAAGCUUUCACACAGUCAUCAGGCCUCUUGGCCCAUCGGAGGAUUCACGCAGGGGAGAAACCUUUCAAGUGUGAGGUUUGUGAUAAAACUUUUCCGAUAUCGACAAGGUUGCUGAAACAUCAGCGCAUUCACACAGGGGAGAGACCCUUCAGAUGUGAGAUGUGCGACAAACCAUUCUCACGGUCAUCGAACCUCCACAGACAUCAACGCAUUCACACAGGGGAGAAUCCAUUCACAUGUGAGGUGUGCAACAGAUGCUUCUUGCGGUCAGCACACCUCCGCAUGCACCAACGCAUUCACACAGGGGAGAAACCAUUCAUGUGCACAGUGUGCGACAAAUCAUUCACUGAGUCAUCGAACUUCCGUGUACACCAACGCACUCACACAGGGGAGAAACCAUUCACAUGUGAGGUUUGUGACAAAGCCUUCACACAGUCAUCGAGCCUCCUGGUCCAUCAGAGAAUCCAUACCAGAGAAAAACCCUUCAAAUGUGAGGUUUGUGAUAAAACUUUCAUUACAUCUACAAAGCUCCUGAUACACCAAAGUGUUCACACAGGAGAGAAACCCUUCAAAUGUGAGGUGUGUGAUAAAGCUUUCAUUACAUCUACGAAGCUUCUGAUACACCAGAGGAUUCACACCAGGGAGAGACCCUUCAAGUGUGAGGUUUGUAAGAUGUCUUUCACCAAAUCGGCCAAACUCCUGACACACCAGAGGAUCCACACAAGGGAGAAACAACUCAAGUGUGAGGUGUGUGCCAAAUCAUUCUCGCAGUUAACACAUCUCCGUGCACACCAACGCAUUCACACAGGCGAGAAACCAUUUGUGUGUGAUGUGUGCAAGAAACCAUUCUCGCAGUCAUCAAACCUCCGUGCACACCAACGCAUUCACACAGGGGAGAAGCCGUUUACCUGUGAGGUGUGUGACAAAUCAUUUUCGCAUUUAACAAAUCUCCGUGGACACCAACGCACUCACACAGGGGAGAAGCCGUUCAGGUGUGAGGCUUGUGACAAAGCCUUCACGCAGUUAUCGAGCCUCCUGCGCCAUCAGACAAUCCACACAGGGGAGUAACCCUUUAAUGUGUGGCUUGCAGCAAAACUUUUGUGCAUCUUCAACCCUCCUGGGACACCAGAGGAUUCACACAGGCGAAAAACUCUUCAGGUGAGAUGUUUGUGGCUUUCACCCACUUCCCUGAUCUGCUG